GGGCACAGGCCGCCAGCGACCCGGCCGCGGUGCGCGCGGGGCAUGAGCGCCGGCCGGCCGCCCCCCAGCCCCCGCGCGCGCCCCGGCCCAUGGGCGCAGAGGAGCCAUGGACUGCGGCCUCGUGCGGACGCUGGUGCACAGAUACUGUGCCGGCGAGGAGAGCUGGGUGGACAGCCGGACCAUCUACGUGGGACACAAGGAGCCCCCGCCCGGCGCCGAGGCCUACAUCCCGCAGAGGUAUCCGGACAACAGGAUCGUCUCCUCCAAGUACACCUUCUGGAACUUCAUACCCAAGAACUUAUUCGAGCAGUUCCGGAGAAUAGCCAACUUCUACUUCCUCAUCAUCUUUCUGGUCCAGCUGAUCAUCGACACGCCCACCAGCCCCGUGACCAGCGGCCUCCCGCUCUUCUUCGUCAUCACCGUCACCGCCAUCAAGCAGGGCUAUGAGGACUGGCUGCGGCACAAGGCAGACCGGGCCAUGAACCAGUGCCCCGUCCACUUCAUCCAGCAUGGCAAGCUGGUGCGUAAGCAGAGCCGGAAGCUGAGGGUCGGGGACGUCGUCAUGAUCAAGGAGGACGAGACUUUUCCCUGCGACCUCAUCUUCCUCUCCAGCAGCCGUGGGGACGGGACCUGCCAUGUGACCACCGCCAGCCUGGACGGAGAGUCCAGCCACAAGACGCACUACGCAGUCCCGGACACGAAGGGCUUCCACGCUGAGGAGGACAUCGAUGGGCUGCAUGCCACCAUCGAGUGUGAGCAGCCACAGCCCGACCUCUACACGUUUGUCGGCCGCAUCAACGUGUACAACGACGUCAGCGACCCUGUGGUGAGGCCUCUGGGGUCGGAGAACCUGCUUCUUCGCGGGGCCACGCUCAAGAACACCGAGAGGAUCUUUGGCGUCGCCAUCUACACGGGCAUGGAGACCAAGAUGGCCCUGAACUACCAGUCCAAGUCACAGAAGCGCUCGGCCGUGGAAAAGUCCAUGAACGUCUUCCUCAUCGUGUACCUCUGCAUCCUCAUCAGCAAGGCGCUCACCAACACCGUGCUCAAGUACGUGUGGCAGAGCAAGCCUGCCCACGACGAGCCGUGGUACAACCAGAAGACGGAGGCCGAGAGGCAGCGGAACCAGUUCCUGCAGGCCUUCACCGACUUCCUGGCCUUCAUGGUCCUCUUCAACUACAUCAUCCCCGUGUCCAUGUAUGUCACCGUGGAGAUGCAGAAGUUCCUGGGCUCGUACUUCAUCACCUGGGACCAGGACAUGCUGGACGAGGAGACGGGCGAGGGGCCACUGGUCAACACCUCGGACCUGAACGAGGAGCUGGGCCAGGUGCAGUACGUGUUCACCGACAAGACCGGCACGCUCACGGAGAACAACAUGGAGUUCCGGGAGUGCUGUGUGGAGGGCCAUGUCUACGUGCCCCACGCCAUCUGCAACGGGCAGGUGCUGCCCGACUCCUUGGGCAUCGACAUGAUCGACUCGUCCCCGAGCGCCAACGCAAAGGAGCGGGAGGAGCUGUUCUUCCGGGCCCUGUGCCUGUGCCACACCAUCCAGGUGAAGGACGAGGAGGACGUGGACGGGCCCCGCAAGUCGCCCGACUCGGCCAAGUCCUGCGUCUACAUCUCCUCCUCUCCCGACGAGGUCGCCCUGGUGGAGGGGAUCCAGCGGCUUGGCUUCACGUACCUGAGGCUGAAGGACGGGCACAUGGAAAUCCUCAACCGUGACAAUGACCUGGAGCGGUUCCAGCUGCUGGAGACGCUCAGCUUCGACUCGGUGCGGCGGAGAAUGAGCGUGAUCGUCAAGGCCGCCGCGGGAGAAAUCUAUCUCUUCUGCAAGGGGGCGGACUCUGCCAUCUUCCCCCGAGUGGUCGAAGGGAAAGUGGAUCAGAUCCGGGCGCGGGUGGAGCGCAACGCAGUGGAGGGGCUCCGGACGCUGUGUGUCGCCUACAAGAAGCUGUCCCCUGAGGAGUACGAGGGCGUAUGCGGGCUGCUGCAGGCGGCCAAGGUGGCCCUGCAGGGGCGGGAGAAGCAGCUCGCCGAGGCCUACGAGCAGAUCGAGAAGGACCUGGUGCUGCUGGGGGCCACAGCUGUCGAGGACCGGCUGCAGGACCAGGCUGCUGACACCAUCGAGGCACUGCAGAAGGCCGGCAUCAAGGUGUGGGUGCUCACGGGCGACAAGAUGGAGACGGCGGCGGCCACCUGCUACGCCUGCAAGCUCUUCCGCAGCGGCACGCAGCUGCUGGAGCUGACCACCAAGCGCGUGGAGGAGCAGGGCCUGCACGACGUGCUGCUGGAGCUCAGCAAGACGGUGCUGCGCGGGGGCGGGACGCUGCCCCGGGAGGGCUGCUCGGGGCUCUCCGCGGACCUGCAGGACUUCGGGCUCAUCAUCGACGGGGCGGCGCUCACCCUGGUGAUGAAGCCGCGGGAGGACAGCGGCUCCGCCGGGAACUACCGCGAGCUCUUCCUGGACAUCUGCCGCAACUGCAGCGCCGUGCUCUGCUGCCGGAUGGCGCCACUGCAGAAGGCUCAGAUCGUCAAGCUGAUCAAGCUGUCCAAGGAGCACCCCAUCACCCUGGCCAUCGGCGACGGGGCCAACGACGUCAGCAUGAUCCUGGAGGCCCACGUGGGCAUUGGCGUCAUCGGGAGGGAGGGCCGCCAGGCCGCCCGCAACAGCGACUACGCCGUGCCCAAGUUCAGACACCUGAGGCGGAUGCUGCUGGUGCACGGACACCUGUACUACGUGCGCAUCGCGGAGCUGGUGCAGUACUUCUUCUACAAGAACGUCUGCUUCAUCUUCCCCCAGUUCCUCUACCAGUUCUUCUGCGGCUUCUCCCAGCAGACCCUGUACGACACGGCCUACCUGACCCUCUACAACAUCAGCUUCACGUCACUCCCCAUCCUGCUGUACAGCCUGAUGGAGCAGCACGUGAGCACCGACACGCUGCAGAGGGACCCGACCCUGUACAGGGACAUCGCCAAGAACUCGCUGCUGCGCUGGCGGACCUUCAUCUACUGGACCUUCCUGGGCGUGUUUGACGCCCUGGUGUUCUUCUUUGGUGCUUACUUCAUCUUCGAACACACGACUGUGGGCAGCAACGGGCAGGUGUUCGGCCACUGGACGUUCGGGACACUGGUGUUCACCGUGAUGGUGUUCACAGUCACGCUGAAGCUGGCACUGGACACACACUACUGGACAUGGAUAAACCACUUUGUGAUCUGGGGGUCUCUGCUGUUCUACGUCGUCUUCUCCCUGCUCUGGGGAGGGAUCAUCUGGCCCUUCCUGAGCUACCAGAGGAUGUACCACGUGUUUGUCCAGAUGCUGGCCAGCGGCCCCGCCUGGCUGGCCAUCGUCCUGCUCAUCACCGUCAGCCUCCUUCCCGACGUGCUCAAGAAAGUGCUGUGCCGGCAGCUGUGGCCCAGUGCCACGGAGCGGGUGCAGACCCGGAAGCAGUGCCUUUCUGGCGAGCAGCCCGCCGUCUUUAUGCUCUCCCAGACCUCCAGCAGUCUCGCUUUCUGAGCACAGAUGAGUGGGAGACACCGAGUGCGGGCAGAGGCCGGGCCCCACAGCGACAGGCCACUGCUGAAGGACCUCCUGCGGCGGGACUAGCCGGGGGC